UUAAAAGUUAUGGCCUUGUGUGAUUUCAUGAAAUGCAGAUGGAAAAAAUCCCUUCACCCUGGCAGGCAAAGGGUUGGGAGAUGGACUCCAGAAGAAGACAAACGCUUGAAAGUUGCUGUGAUGCUUUUUGGGCCCAAAAACUGGAAGAAAAUUGCUCAAUUUGUGCCUGGGCGGAUGCAAGUGCAAUGUAGAGAAAGAUGGGUGAAUUCCUUAGAUCCUUCAUUAAAUUUGGAUGAAUGGACUGAAGCAGAGGAUUCAAAGUUGAAAGCGGCAAUUGCUGAGCAUGGAUAUUGCUGGUCCAAGGUUGCGGCAUGUGUUCCACCACGAACUGAUAGUCAAUGCCGAAGGAGGUGGAAGGUUUUGCUGCCACAUGAAGUACCUAUGCUCCAAGCCGCUAGAAAUAUACAGAAGGCUGCUCUGAUAUCCAACUUUGUAGACAGGGAGUCAGAACGACCUGCCCUUGGACCCAAUGAUUUUGUUUCUUUACCACAGAUAGAGUCAGUUCAAGAAUCUGAAACUGUAAAUCCUUCUGGGAAACGAAAGAGGAAAUCGCGACGGAGGAAUGAACAUACUGGUGAAAGCACAAUUUCUGGUGGCAUUUGUUUGGAGGAAGUUCCAUUGUUAACCGACUGCAAUGAGUUUGAGAACUUGAAUGGUGAAGAUGCUAUUCCAAGGAACAAAAGAGCGAAGAGGCCACGUUCAAAGAGCAAAAUUUCUACUGGUCCAACACCAGAUCAUUUCUCACCUUGGCCAGAUACAAACUUAGCAAUAGCCAAUGGUGACGAGGUUGGGAUAUCUGGUGGGUACAAGGCUUUAAAGAAGAAAAAAGCUCCGGGUCAACAAAAAAGGAAAUCAGAAGGCAGGCUGAAAUCUAGGAAAAUCAGCACAGCUUUGGGGUAUGACGCUCUUUGCAAUGGGAAGAGAGUAAGGGAACCAUGUUCAAAUGACAAUGAAGGAAAUGAUCCAGAAAAUCAUAAUCCUUCUUGGACAGAUCCAAAUUUGUUAAUAAUUACCAAUGGUGAAGAGGUUGGGAAGUUCAGAAGGGACAAUGUUUCCAAGAGUAAGAAGGCUUCUAAACUGCAUCCCAGAAAGAAUAGAUGUAGGGAACCACUCGAGGAUGUUCCCAGGAGUAAUAAAUCCAGCGAGGUUGAGACCUUUGGUGGUGAUGAUUUGCAUUCAGAGAAGAAUAAAAAUACUGAUCCAUUGCUACAUCAUUCAUCAUCUUAUCCAAGUUCUGUGCUGUUGAUGGCAACUGAUGAAGCUAUUGGGGAAAAUGGUAGAAAUGAUGCCCACCAGAGUUUUCAGCCAGACUCCACAGGUUUGGGGAUAAGGACAGCUGAUGGUGAUGGAAGUGAGACCUUUGGGGGGGAUAUCACCACACCUUUGAGGUGUUCGACACCUGAUAUUCUGGAAAGUGGGAACUCGAGAGCACCCUGUGUUAGCCAACAAUAUAGGGCCAAAGGCUCAAAGAGGAGAGAUCGAACCUGCUCUAAUUGGUUAUUAGAGUCACAAGAUGGUGAUGAGAUGACCCUUGCUUCCUUUCUUGUACAAUCACAUGAAUGCCGGAAUUCGGCAUUGGCCCCUAAAAAGGUUGCCAAGUUAUGCUCGAAGUUUGGUGCAAGAAGAAAAUCAGUGGAUGGCUCCCCAAAAAUCUCAUUACCUGUAAAGUGUUCAAUAUCUGAUCCUCCAGACAAUGAGAACUCAAGUGCAUCUGAAUAUUAUGGAAACAAUGAGGCAAAAAAUCCAGGGACUGGAGAUAAAAUUUGUACAAAUGAGAUAUCCGAAGCAAAAAAUGGAGAUGACAUGACUCUUGCUUCCUUUUGCAACAAAGUGAAGAAGAGAAGGUUUAAACCCUGCCAAAAAUGGUAAAUAUCAUUUGCUCUCCUUGCCGUAUGAAGUUUUUGUAGCUGAGGGAAUAGAUUAACUAACUACGUGACUCUGGCAAAGCUAUGAAACUCCGGCAAACUGAUAGAUUUAAUCAUCUGUUUUGAUUUUAGCUGGAGUUUAGUGGUUCUUGUAUUCAGCGAAUGCUGAGUGAUUUGGAUGAGUUACAGCCCGUAUAGCGACACCUAAACCCACAUUCUCUUUUGAUAAUGUGUAUGGCCUUUUGAAUUGUACACUGCGUGUUCUUUUUAAAUUUGGCACGCUUUGCUGCCUUGUUCUAAUUUUUAAUAGUGAGCAAAUGAUUAGCUGGCUACUUGUAGAACAUCUAUAUGAUAAGGGGGUUAGCAAUUAAAAUUUUUUGUUUAUCUUGAAUUUUUCUGUGUCUAAGAUUGUUUUGAAAUUGCUG